UUUAAGUUAUUUAUUUUUCUCCAAUUUAUUUAUUUUCGUUGUCUUCCUCUCGCUCUUCUUCCAAGCCUGCGAGAAUUCGCAAGUUUCGUGUCGAUGCAAAGCUGAGUUCUUCUUCAUACGAGGUUUUUCUUUUCUCGACGUGGGUUUUAAUGCUCGAGUUCUGCCAUGGAGAUGGAGCCAAUUCGUUCAGAUGACAUGGAAGGCUUUCAUCUUGCUGAUGAAUCCUCUGAGCAAUUGAAUUCACCAUAUUCUUCAUAUUUCAAUGGACUUUACGGAGAACCCGAGGCACUACCUCGUGUUGGAGAUCAGUAUCAGGCAGAAAUCUCAGAUCUAAUCCCAGAAGAUGAUCGUUUAAAGCUCAUUAGCCGUGGCUCAUCCGAGACUUAUCCACGGAAUCCUUUCUCACUCGGUUUGCCAAUCCCACUUAUGUGGACAAGAAGUGAGAAAUUUAAAGGUUUCCAUGAAACUAAUGCGGACUAUGUGCCACAUGAUAAUGACCCUUUAGCGAAAGCCGAUGAUCAAGCGGCUAGUAGCAAAGUGAGGACUAUUGUGCUGGCAUUGCCUUGUCAAAGAAACAUUAAAUUCAAAUUUGAAUGGCUUGACAAAAGCAUCAACCCGUUCCCUGGGACAUUGGGGGAUUCUUGGGAAGACGCGGAGCAAAAGAGGCUUCUCCUCGGCCUCUACUGUCUCGGGAAAAACCUUGCCUUUGUACAGAGAUUUGUAGGGAGCAAAAGUAUGGGAGAUGUGCUGUCAUACUAUUAUGGCGGAUUUUACCGGUCUAGUCAAUAUAAGAGAUGGGCAGAUGGACGCAGUUUGAGAAGCAGGCGGUCUGUCCAAGGCCAUAAGUUAUUUACAGGUUGGAGGCAGCAAGAACUGCUGUCUCGGAUAUCAUCUCAUGUACCUGAGGAAUGCAAGAGCAUGUUGCUCGAGGUAUCUAAAGCAUUCAGAGAAGAGAAAAUAGCAUUGGAGGAGUAUGUGUUUGCUUUGAAAAACGCAUGUGGAACUGAUAUACUUAUAGAAGCGAUUGGUAUAGGUAAAGGGAAGAAGGACCUCACCAAUGGUGCGUUAGAGCCUCCCAAGACAAGUAUGGCAGCCUCUGGCAACUCUGAGGUGCCGAUAGGCAAAGCUUGCUCAUCACUCUCACCUGCCGACAUUGUCAGGUACUUAACCGGAGGAUUCAGGCUGAGCAAAGCUCGUUCAAGUGACCUUUUCUGGGAGGCAGUAUGGCCACGUCUGUUGGCGAGAGGGUGGCAUUCUGAGCAGCCGAGAGGCCAUGCGAGGAAUUCUCUGGUUUUCCUCAUUCCAGGAGCCUCAAAGUUCUCCAGGAGGAGAAUGGUGAAGGGAAAUCACUAUUUCGAUUCUGUCACCGAUGUCUUGAACAAAGUGGCCUCAGACCCUACGCUUCUUGAGCUUGAUGCUGAGACGAUUAGAGAUAACGGGAAGAGAGAAGAGAAAAAUGGGAAUGACGAGAUGAUAAGUUCAGACGGGUUUGAUGAUUCUUCUCCUAACAGCAAGAGGCAGAGGUAUCUGCAACCACGCAGAACUAGUAGUAAAAACCUGGAUGUCUUGAUGUUUACGAUUGUGGAUACGAGUACAAUAUAUGGUCCGGAGAGAUGUAUGUUGAGAGAGAUGAGAUGUUUGCCCGUCGAAAGCGGUGUUUCAUCAUCAACAUACUCACCAAACUUAUCAAGUGAAUCUGAGGAUAACUUGUCAGAAGAUUCUGAAAACGAGGCAGAGAGGAAGUCUAAACCAACAAACAUGAGAGCAUGUGGUGAUUCUUCUGUUUGGGCAAACGGGGCAAAACUCAGUUUUUGUAAAACCAGCUCCUUAAACGUGUCAACAGGAACUGUUGUGAGUAGGAGCUCUGUUUCUCUCAAUGAGAAUCGACAGAAGAAGAACCGGAAAGUGAAGCCAAACAGUCCAAAGAGUUUAUCCUUUCGUGGCAAAAGGAGUAGCUAUUCGGGUGAAACACUGUCCAGGAAGAAGAAAACGAAGAACAAGGAAAGACAGAUGAGACCAAACUCACAAGAUGCACAUCAAGAUGUAAUAGUGAGAGAUGAAAACAGAGACGAGGCGUGUAAACUGUACUCAGACAGUUCUAUUGCAGAAGGAAGCUCUACUGUAAGAAAUGCAGAUGUCACCACUACCUUCCAGAGGCACAUGUCGAUGGAAAACCAUGAAACUCGCGAGCAUUUGGACACGAACGUUGCUCAAGUCUUAGAGGGGCAUGAAGCUGAAAGCACAGUUGUGGCUGAGACUGUGCAGAACGGUGAGAGCUCUCAGUCAUCUGUGAAAAUGAACAUUGAAGAAGAGCAUACUGGACGGAGGCAAAGCACAAGGAGCCGGCCAUUGACAGCCAAGGCCUUGGAAGCUUUUGCCUUUGGAUUCCUUGGGAGCCCGAAAAAGAAGAAGAGAAAGGAUAUGGAUGGGUCGAGAGACAACAGAUCAUCAAGAUCAAAGUCCACAAGACGCCACCACACGGUCGUGACCUCCGAGUUCAGAAACGGCACUGUAAAUGACGUUCCAAACACUGUAGAGACUGACACUGAGGUAUGAGGGUGUUGUUAGUGUUAAGGGAUAGAGAGAGCUUUGUAGUCAGCCAUGGAUAGGCAUUGAUGACAGAAGAACUUGGUCGGAAAAUGACGGUGCUGCUAAUUUCAAGCGCCAGUAAAAGCAUUCAAUAUAUAUAGCCAAUACUAAUAGUAAUAUUUUCAUGGUUUAAAAAAGACAUCAGAGUUACCUCGUUUUGUGUCCUCUGUUUCUGAUUGAUAGGAAGAAGACAUGGUGAAGUCUGUUAUGUUGUUCUUUUUUAUCAUUUUGAAUACAGAAUCAAUGCAGUGCUCA